GAACAGAGAUGUCUAAGAUCCAAUGAACUAUUUCUCAUAGUACUGGCAGAAACCCAGACUUGACAGGGAGCUCAAUCGUUAGCUAAUUGAUAUUCCCAUCAUUCAGCCAUGGGGUUGACUCCAGGUGGUGCACCGCCAAAAGUCGCUUUUGUCACAGUCGGCGCGACUGCGACUUUCAAAGAGCUCAUCGAGGAAGUGUUCGCAUCACAUACUUUGCAGGCACUAGCUAAGGAAGGGUAUACGAAACUAAGAGUACAAGCUGGGCCUGAUGCCGAAUACUGGAAAAACAACAUACCAGCGGAGAAAGGGUCUGAGCUUGAGAUCGAAGUGUUCGAUUUUGAUCGUAACGGGCUAGGGCACGAAAUGCGACAAUGCAAAAGGGGAGGCUUUUAUGGCACAGGGGAGAGCUCAGAAGGGGUAGUGAUUUCACACGCAGGUUCGGGAACAAUUCUGGAUGCGCUCCGAAUUGGUGUACCCCUAAUCGUAGUGCCCAAUACUUCACUCCUCGAUAAUCAUCAAGUAGAGUUGGCAGAUGAGCUGGAAAGACAAGGCUAUGUCACCAAGGCAUCGGGACCUAGGGGCUUAGAAGAUGCCAUUCGCAAAGUAGAGAGCAGGAAGAAUGGCAAGCCAGACACACCGAAAAAUUUGCAGGGACGUAAGCACUGGGGGGGACGUGAAAAUUCUAGUAUUGCACCAGUACUCGACCAAGCUGCCAAUUAUGAGGAGGAAGUUAGGAGUGUAUUGGACUAGUUUUGGAGAAAGUCCCAAGCAUGUUUUGAUGAAUAUUUGGUAAUGGCGUUUAUUGGGGGAGGCCUGAUUCAUUUCGGCCACUGGAGUUGAAUUGGAUUGCAAGAUACCCUCAAGUUAAUACGAUAGUUUUGUGGAUUUCAACACAGUAAGACUCUUGUCAGAAAAAGAUCUCGUAUUGUCCGAAUUUGAAGCUCGGAAGAAGCUUGAAAUUUCGGAUGCAUCUUACAUUGAAUCGUCAUAAUACAUUUGGGAAGUGAUCUUGUA